AUGAUUUUCUUCCGAGCUGUUCAACUCAUUUCUCUCCCCUUGUGUAUCAGAGCAGCCAUUAUACCUCCCCAAGGCUCUAUAUUGUCGCGUCAGUUUAACGGGUACGCGGAGGGUCAGGAUGAUCUCAUUCACGACGCUAUCGUCAUUGGUGGAGGCCCUGCCGGGCUUAGUGCCUUAAGCGGCCUUGCACGUGUGCGCCGGAAGGCCAUAUUGAUUGAUUCUGGAGAAUACAGAAACGGGCCCACACGACAUAUGCACGAUGUCGUGGGCUUCGACGGUGUGGAACCCGCUUAUUUUCGUUGGGCUGCACGACGGCUACUCUCGUACUAUGAGACCAUUCAAAUGGUCAAUGGUACUGUUACCAAGAUAGAACCAGCGCAGAACAAUACCUUUCUUGUGACUGGAAGCUACCCAACGGAGGUCUUCCCUUACGUUGAGGAAGUCACGUUGCGCGCAAGAAAAGUAGUACUCGCUACAGGGCUCCGCGAUAUCUUGCCAGAGACACCCGGUAUUGCCCAAAAUUGGGGCGAGGGUAUUUACUGGUGUCCGUGGUGCGACGGACAUGAGCACGAGGAUCAGGCUCUUGGUCUCCUUGGCAGUCUAGAUGAUAUCCCAGGACUCGUUCGCGAGAUCCUAACUCUUAAUACCGAUAUCGUCGCUUUCACGAACGGGACGAACAACCCUACGACACGUGCAGCAGCCGACAAGAGCUUUCCAGACUGGGAGAGAUUCCUGUCGAUUCACAAUGUUACCAUCGAUGACCGAACUAUCACUUCUGUGGAAAGGCUCAAAGAUGGCAGCCCAGACUCUGACCCCAGUCUCCCUUCUCAACCCCAAUACGACCUUUUCCGGGUCAAUUUUGACCAAGGUGAGGCUGUCGAGAGGGCUGCUUUCUUUGCUUCUUUCCAGGAAGAGCAGCGGUCCACAAUCGGGCAAGAGGUCGGGGUUAAUCUAUACGGGGGCCGCCUGGCAGCAAAUCAGUCGAGCGGUCUUCAGACCAACAUCCCCGGUAUCUAUGCGAUUGGCGACGCCAACUCAGACAACGUUACCAACGUCCCGCAUGCGAUGUUUUCGGGCAAGCGAACAGCUGUGUACCUGCAUGUCAGUUUGGCCCGGGAAGACGCGUCAAAAGAGUUGUCAGUGGCAAGUGCUUCUGAUGGUACCGUAGAGAGUGCAAGAGACAUGCAUUUCGAUCCCAGAGCCGUCUGGGACAUUAUGGACAGGGGGCCUCGAGACAUGUUCUACGCUGGAGAGUUUGACCAGUAA